GCGCAGAUGUGUGAACUGUAAGAGGAGAACAUUCCAUGACAUGGUGACAUGUGAAAAAUGUCGAGAGUUUAGGUCAGUGUCCUGGCAAGGUGUCACAUUGUCUCGAGUGACAUUAGUAGUAUUUCUUACCCCCCUCCCCCUACAUAUCAGAAAAUACUCCAUUAAAAUAUCCGUUACAUAUUUCUCCAUGACAUAAAUAACUGAAACUUAAUUGGCAUGUUCGCUCAUGAGAUCUGUAACUAAUUUCUCUCUAUUUGUAUUCCUCUGUUGAGUCAGAUUUUUGUUCACAUGUAAUGUACAUAAUACACAUUGAUACUCCCCCACAUUGAUACACCCCUCGUUGAUGAAACCCCACGUUGAUGAAACCCCACGUUGAUAAACCCCACGUUGAUGAAUCUCAUUUUAAUACACACCAUGUUGAUACACACCAUGUUGAUACACACCAUGUUGAUACACACCAUUUUGAUACGUACCAUGUUGAUACAUACCAUAUUGCUACAUACCAUGUUGAUACAUGCCAUGUUGAUACAUACCAUAUUGAUACAUACCAUGUUGAUACACACCAUGUUGACAUAUACCAUGUUGACACACACCAUGUUGAUACACCCUAAUGUUGAUACACACCAUGUUGAUACACACCAUGUUGAUAGACUCCAUAUUGAUACAACCCAAGUUGGGAAAAACUGAUGUAAUGUUUAUAAAAUUACGUUUACCUUCCUGCAAGGAGGCUAACGGCUCUUCACCUAAAUAUUGCAUGAAACCGUGGUUAUCGUAAGAAGUUAGCCAAUUUAAUUAUUUUGGAGACCACUGAUUAAGAAGUUAACGAAUCAUGCAUCAUUCACGAUCGUUCAAAUAAAUAUAUUUCUUUAUUUAUAUAUAUUAUUUUCUCCCUCAGCUAUUGUUCCAUUGAGUGCCUUGAACUUGACAUGUCCAAGCAUGAGCCCCAGUGUGAUUUCAUCAGCUUGAAGAAGGGGACGGCUCAUCUGUUAGACCGCGACGUGGUCAUGUCAGUCAGGCGAAAUGCCAAGCCAUUGGACGAUGAGGGCAACAUUGCUGUCCGUGAAAACACACCAGAUGAUCUCGAUAAAACCAAGGAACCAAAAGCCAGUCAGCGCGUCAGUGAAGGGACCAACAAGCGAAAACCACGGAAGAGGAGAAACAGAAAGAAGGGUCAAGGAAAAACGACUGAUGUCUCUGAAGCCAAGAAGACCAGCUCUCCAGCUCCAGACACCGCGUCACUCAUUGCAGGUGGACAGUUUGGCGGGAAAGUGAUCGUUGAUCGUGAGGCCCGAUCAGGGGCGACGUUCGGUGAUGGCCGGUGGAAGCCGAAGACUGAGA